ACGAUGAGGACGCACCUACCUGAUUUCUCGUGCUCUGCGUUUCUCGCUGGCUGCGCGGCCGUACUGGUUCUUGUCUCCCCUCUCCUCCCGCUAUGGGGUGAAAACCCGAGACACCAGAAACCUGAACAGAGAACGUUAAUCGUUACAUUUUUUAAGUUUGUUUUUCUCAGAAAAAAAGCAGAGUAAGAGAGAGGGCCUGCUCUGCAAUGGCUCCGAGAGGGAGGCAUCGGAAGGUGGGUCUCACGCGAAUGGACGCUGCGCUUGACGCUAUGAUUCCCUAUGGAUUUUCCAAAGAAUUAAUUCGUAGAACGGUCAAAGAACUCUUGAAGUUUUUACGAGGAAUUAGGGUUUUUGUCUGCUUUCAGGUGUAUGGCGCGGAAGGGUGGAUCUUCAUCGAGGACGGUUCGUAUAAUCUCCUGAUCGAGACCAUUCUUCAAAAACAAGAUAAUUGUGGAGAAGAGAAAGAUGCACUGAAGGAUGAAACAUCAGAAGAUGAAGUGAGAGGUGUGUAUAUUGCUGAACCAUCUGCUACUGGAUCCGUAAGUGGAACUCCUGAAAAUGAAAGCUUUAAUCCGGAGAUUGUCAACACUGACUCACACAUGGAUGAAACAGGACAGGACCUUCUUCCCCAGGCUGAAGGAGAUCGAACUGCUUGGAAAGACAUGGAUUUGGGUCAACAUUCUAGUCCAGAACGGGUGGACAAUGCUUUUAGGGACAAUGAUGGGAACUCGAACAGUGGAAUAAACAUUGAGAACAAUCUGUUCCAGGAGAAAGGAGAGGGCCAUUCUCUAUCAGCUAAAGGAGGAGAAAAAGCCUGGAACAAUCGCCUCCCCUCACCUGAAAAUGUGAUCAACUCCCCAUUCCCAAUGAAAAAUGUCCCAGUUCGGAAGCGUGGACCGUGCCAUGGGUGGAUCGGUAAAGAUGAAGAUAAUGACGUAUUUCUGGAGUUAGCACCAGCCACACUGCCAGAAGAAUUGAAAGUUUUGAUUGCUGGGACUAGCAUGAAGAGGGAACAAAGAUCACGGUGGGAUAUGAGGCCCAAUGGUACUUAAGCCUCCCUUCUUCUCUGCAUGUGCAUUCUUGCUCUGGAUAUUGUAGUUGUUUCAUAUUAUAUGGCACUGCUGCUAGUGGCGCUUGGAUGGUAAUUUUUUUGAUGAAUCCUUGCGUGUGCAGUUCAUGUUUGUUGUAUGGUAGACCUAGGUUUACUUUUGUAAACCUAGUGGUGCUGAGAUGUACCAUUUAUACUUUUCUGAUCUACCCUCUCUCCAAUUCUCUUUGAGACCCUCUUGUGGAAAUUGGAUCAUCUGUGCAUGAGCUUUUAUAUAUAGUAUUAGGAGCGUAGUGUUUAUUGUUA